AUGUCCGAGGCACCGCCAGCAGCAGCACCUGCCCCCGCAGGAAAGGCAGGAAAGAAGGAGAAAAAGAAUCAGGCGAAAAAGAAACCACCUUCCAAUUUGGUGAUUCCACCGAAAAAGCCCAAGCUGACCAAAGCAGAACGUCGGGCCUUGCAAGAGCAACAACGGGCAGCCAAGGCGGGUGAAAAAGCAGGAGGUGCUAAAAAGGGCGGUGGAGAGCAGCAGCAACAAGGAGGGCAACAAGAAAAGAAGGGGCAACAGCAGCAGGAUCUGUCGAGUUCAGCUGACGCCUCCAAGUCCAAACAGAACCAAAAACCAGAUUCUUCUGAGACAAGCAAAAGUGGGAAAGAGGAAGAAAGCCACGAGGAGAACAGAACCUUGGAUAUAUUUGCUCACCUUUCAAACUAUCACGAGCUCCCCAAUCCGCACGCUCCAGAGUGGACAUCCACACUCCACCCAGCAGUGAUUGAGUUGGGAAUGCAAUACGCCUCGGGGUCCAUUCGAGGAGGACAAGCUCGAUGCCGAUCCAUGUUGGAGGUGUUCUUACAAGUAUUUGACGACUAUGAGCCUCCCGAAGAUACUACCUCAGAUUACCGUAGCCAUUUGGACCACAUGGUGCUCAAGCCAUCCUUUACCUUUUGGACUACAAAAUGCCGACAACACUGUGUCAGUAUGGGAAAUGCCUUUACUUUUUGCAAGCUAGCUGUAGCAUCCCUCGAUCGUGAUUCAACGUGGGAAAAAGCCAAGGACAUUUUGAAAGAUACAUUGGAUCGAUACAUGCACGAACGAAUGGAUAUUGCCAACCAAGCGAUUACCGAACAUGCCAUGAAGAAAAUUGCCAAUGGAGAUGUCAUUCUAACUUUUGGAAACUCGCACGCCAUUCGAGUAUUGCUAACAACCGCCAAGAAGGAAGGACUUGAUUUCUACGUUUGGAUUGCCGAUUCGCGGCCACUUUUUGAGGGAAAGGAUAUGCUGGCAGCAUUGGAAGAAGCUGGAAUUUCGUGUGGAUAUAUUCAAUUGAACGCACUCACCUAUGUGUUGAAACAAAUCAACAAGGUAUUUUUGGGUGCCAGUGCCUUGAUGAGCAACGGAGCAGUCUUUGGACGAGUGGGAACUGCUUGUGUCGCCAUGUUGGCCAAUGACAGUCACAUACCAGUCCUAGUCUGCUGCGAAACAUACAAGAUCUCUAACAAGGUUCAAUUGGAAUCUAUUACGCAUAACGAACUUGGGAAUCCCGACGCCCUUGCUGAACUCCCAGAAGGUCCCGCUUCGUCAUGCUUGUCUAACUGGAGGGAAAGCAAGACUUUGAAGCUAUUGAAUCUCAUGUACGACGUUACACCACCCGAUUUCGUCAGUGGUAUCAUUACUGAAGUUGGAAUUAUUCCAUCUACAAGUGUUGCAGUGCUAUUGCGAGAAAUGAACCCUCAAGAUGCAGCCUAUUAA